GCGGGCUCUACGAUUGGUUGAUCUUUCGUGUAGGAACGUCCGCCACGUAGUAGUGUUACAAUUCCGUUGUGGUUUCCGGCGGCGGACUCUUCCAACACCACUACACGACCGUCUCCGAGGCUUUCUUACAUACUCUCUCAAUAGGAACAGGUCACAUAUUGUCUUUAACCAGCCAGCCUUAGUGUGGAACUUCGUGGAGGCAGUGCUGCUUUCGCUGUGCAAGCUUCACGAUGGCGACGACGGAGCUCCUUUCCGCUUAUGGAACACUUGGCAUCCAGGCGAAUGCUACGAAGGCAGAGGUGAAGGAGGCCUUUGUACGGCUAUGCAAGCAGUACCACCCGGAUAAGGUCUCAGCGGAUCAGCGGAUCGUGGCUGAGGCGAGGUUCCGCGAGAUCAAGUCGGCGUACGACACCAUUCUUCGAGGGCAGGCGGGUUAUAGCGUCCCUCCUCCGGGGUCCGCCCCUAACGCCAAGUAUGCUCGCGAGUAUUACCGAGCGCAUGGCAUGGGAAUGGAGUUUGGGGAAGGCGGCCCGAUCCGCUGCGGCGGACCAUUUGGCGGUUACGCAACGGAGACAGACUUUUACCGGUCUAUGCUUCGUUCGACACGCAACAACCCGUUCGUACUGAUCGUUGCGGGGUUGGUUGCCGUGCCCUUGGUGGCUGUGACGGUUUCGGUUGCUAACGGUAACACCGGGUGGAUCAAGCGCUUCCGUGAUCAGGGCAUUCAUGCAUUCGGUGAUGCGGGUAUUCGCGCCAACGGUCGCAAUACCGUUACCGUUAACCCCUUCGCCAUUCGCCGCCUGGACGAAAUCGAGGAGUCGUACAUUUACAAGAGCGAGAAGUACGCGCACCUCCGCAGGCCCAUUGCCGCGGUGGCUGCGGCCAAUGCGGCGGGCGUUGCGCCCGCACCCGCGCCCUCCUCCUAAUCUCUAGCAGCCGCCACCGCUGGCGCGUGUUCGUUUGGAGGGAGCGAGCAGACGUGGCUUUUGUGCUUGGUGCGGCGGGAGUGGGGUACAUGCGCCUUGCGUAUCGCCCUCAUCUGCAGCCUGGGGGAAACCGGAACUGGGUGUUGAGAGGCGACAAGAGACCCUUACUAUGGGACUCCCUCUUCGUGGCUUAUCCGACAUUGACUGGUGCUGUUGCUAACACACGCUUUCCUUUGUUUGGAUUCUCAUGACCGGACUGUUACCGCGCUAAUACCUCUCUAAGUAGUACUACAGCAAGGAACUCGCGCGCUCAGUUGUGUCUGUUCUUGUUGAUAUGGUUGUUGUUCCGUGCCUCUAAAGGUUGGUGUCGGAGCCUGGUUGUUAAUUGAAUGAGCGACCUCUGCGGGUUUUGGCAUCGGUCGCUUCAAAGGGGCACCGUGUUGUGGAGCUUGUGUCAUGUACCAAGCAGUUGCCAAGCACGCAAUGGUGGUGGUGCAUGUUAGUGACGUUUGUCGGACCAGGUGGCGUGACGGUAGCGACCAUAGCUGUGCGUUGCUAGUCUUGCGGUGAAAUAGUUGGGGUCCUGGAGUGCUGCAGGCGACACCGAUCUAGGUAGCUUGGUAAGGCAGAUCUGUACGAAAUUGGCGUUGAAUUUGGAAUCUGUACAGAAGAAGGGGCGGAGUCUUAACCUCCCAAAGUUUUCCGCCGCAGGGGUGUUGUAACAAGCGAGCGUUAUGUUGCUUAAGUUGCGGAAGGCGUGUGCCUAGGAAAAGGAACAACGCGUAAUUGUGUUACAAAUAAAAUGGUUGUGUUGAACUUGCCAUGUGAUAUGUGCGGCAGAGGUGUGUGAGUGGGGUAAUGAGGAAGCCUACCAAGUGCGGUGGUGGGGAGGUUGGGGAAGGCAAGUAUUCUUUGGGACGUGAUCUGUCGCAGCACAUAUACAUCAAAUAGGAUCCAACAAGUCGCCGAGCUCUUUGCCGAACGUAUGUGAGCACAUUGGACUCGAGUGCCUAGCUCAAGCCUUGUAACUAGGGUUAGCCGGAC